AUGAAAGCACUCAAGGCUUCCAUCCUUGCUUCAUUGCUAGUACAAAUUCCAGUAUCAAUAGCACAAAGUCUACGCCCAGAAGGUGUCGAUGUUCCACGAGACUACCACGUUGUCAACCAUGGUUUGAAUAGCCAUCAACAAAAGGUGCAACAAGAAAGUAGCCAUCCUACACUUGUUGUCGAAGGACUAGGAUUGCAUCCUCCACAUAUAUCGCAGCACGAAACUCUUGCAUUCGACUUUUUCACUCUUCCGGAUGCCAAAGAAGCUGCAAUUCAGGAUUACAACAAGAUGUCGAAAAAACGCGCAGUACACGAUUGGAUGAUAUCACCUGCAAGCCCUCGGCAUAGCAGCAAACGCGGAAGAAGCAAACCAUCGAGCUCCAGCCCUUCGUCGGAAAGCUCUUCUAGGAAGGUUGAUAUGAGCCGGAUCAGUAAUGCUAUUCGAAACAAAAAGGUUCCAACCAGCACUAGGUCAAGCGUGACGGCACCAUCAUCAUCUUCGUCCACAUCCUCUUCAAGCUCAUCAACUUCCAGAUCUGAAAAGUCUUUGUCUUUUGACCUUUCACAGGCGAAAGAACAGUAA